CGUGUGUUCACUCUGGGCAGUCUUGAGCAGCCCUCAGUUUGUGCAGAAGGUAUCGGCUCCAUCCCUCCAGGAUCUCCACCAGCACCGAUGACCAGAUGUGAUCUACCCGUUUCACUCUGGUGGGAACUCUUUAUUUGUUUGCAUGGAUGAGAACAGCUUACCGCUUCUUCCUGGAUUCCUUAUAAACCAACUAAUGUGACUCAAACCCGGGAUAGAGGGGGAAAAAGAACAGACAAGAGGGGUGACUCCAAGUGGUUUCAGGCGGUUUUUAGAUUUAAGGAAGCGGCACACUGAGCCUUGUCUUGGACAUGGGACCGUGCGUAAACCAAGAGGGACCCGGUGCCAGAGGAAGAGCGUCGUCCUGAAGGAGGAAAAAGCCCGUGUGUAGGAGUUUUUUUAAUUCCUGUUCUUUGCGACCGGGGGGACGAGCUGUGGGUUUUACGCACCGAAAUUAUGCAUCCCAACCGUGGCUUCAUCCUGCUCCUCCUCAACGGAACCGCUUGUUUGGUGGCUCUGGGUCAAGAAGAUGACUCCAUCAGCUCAAAGAGCUCUUCAGAUGUCUCCUCCAAGACCUUGGGCCUCCUGAGCAGCCAGACUCCACUCUCGCCCCUGAGUCGUUGGAUGAUUCAGAGUAAGAGCAGAGCAGCGAAUGACACCUCUCUGGAGCUGCCCUAUCGUUCCCCGAUCCCUUUCGCCAAGCAGGAAUUUUCUAAACAGGAGUUCUGGGAGAUGUUGGGCAGCGACCUGCUCAAGCCUGACACCUCCAGCUCCAGGGUCAAACGCCGGCCCAUUGUUAAGACCGGCAAGUUCAAGAAGAUGUUUGGCUGGGGAGACUUCUACUCCAAUAUCAAGACAGUGAGACUUAACCUGCUGAUUACCGGCAAGAUUGUGGAUCACGGUAAUGGCACGUUUAGCGUCUACUUCCGCCAUAAUUCUACGGGCCAGGGCAACAUCUCGGUCAGCCUGGUGCCACCUGUCAAAGCCGUGGAGUUUGACCUGGAGCGCCAGAGUGUGGUCUACCCUAAGGACUCCAAGAUCUUCAACUGCCGCGUGGACUAUGAGAAAGUGGAUCGCAGCAAGCGCACCUCGCUGUGCAACUACGACCCGUCCAAGACCUGCUUCCAGGAGCAGAUUCAGAGCCAUGUGUCCUGGAUUUGCUCUAAGCCUUUCAAGGUCAUCUGUAUCUACAUAUCCUUCUACAGUACAGACUACCGUCUGGUGCAGAAGGUUUGCCCGGACUACAACUAUCAUAACGAGAUGCCCUAUCUGCCCUCGGGCUAGAGGACUUGUGUGGAAGGAGGAGAGGUGGGAGGGGAGAGGAU